AUGAAGGUGUGUAUUGUGUUGCGACAACGCAUUGGUUUCGGCUUGGCUCGAAGGAAACAUCGUCCGGUUUUCGUUUGCUUACUGGCAAUUUGUGCUGUGGCCAAUGCUGGCUUCCUCUUUGGAGGCGGUAGUGGUGGUGGCGGCGGUGGCGGUGGCGGCUUUGGCGGUGGUCAUGGAGGCGGCUACGGUGGUGGUCAUGGUGGCGGUCACGGUGGCGGUUAUGGCGGUGGCCAUGGAGGCGGUUAUGGCGGUGGCCAUGGAGGCGGUUAUGGUGGCGGUCAUGGCGGCGGCUAUGGUGGUGGAUCAAGUGGACCUACCAUCAUUAAAAUCAUCUCCGAUGGCGGAGCCGGAGGCGGUUUCGGAGGCGGCUAUGGUUGA